ACAGAGUCUCUACACCAAAGAGGAUGUCCCCUCCACUGCCUAGCCUCGCUCUCCUGUUGGUGGUACUGCUGAUCACGACAACGAUCACGACUGCGACUCCGCCGACAACGACGACUCCGGCGACUACGACGACUUCGACUCCUAGGACCACAUUUGAUCAGCUCUGCCCGUACUCCUGUAACUGUUACGGCACCAAAGUGGACUGCAGUAGUCUGGGUCUCACCGCGGUGCCUCAGGGCGUCCCCGCGUCAACCACACACUUAUAUCUCCGCAGCAAUAACAUCAACAGCAUCAGCGUCGUCGACUUCCGCGGCCUGAACGCUCUCCAGGAGCUGGAUCUUAGCAGCAACAAAAUCAGGACCAUCCCGUACGGCGUCUUCGAUCUGCCCAAUCUUGAAAUCUUACGCCUUCCCUUUAACUCCAUCGACAGCUUCGCCACCGGAUCCGGUCCCUUUAUAGGGUUAAACAACCUGAAACAGCUGAUUCUGACCGGCAAUGCGAUCACCACUGUGUCUGGCGAUGUCUUUACUGGACUCUCCACACUGGAGAACUUGUAUCUCGACAACAAUGACAUCAAUACCAUCACCAGCAGUGCCUUUACAGGUCUAAGCAGCCUGCAGUUGCUAGACCUGAAUACGAACGCCAUCGAUACUGUUCCCACCGGUACUUUCUACGGACUUCCCGUUCUUCAGACGCUGGUUCUUCGUGAUAACAACAUCGGCGCCCUUUCCAGCGGCAGUCUCAGCGGACUGAACACUGUCCGGACUCUGGACCUCAGUAGCAACUCCAUCUCCGCCAUAGCGAGCGGCACUUUCGCGUUUUCCUCCAACCUCACGGACUUGGACCUCAAUAACAACGUCAUUGGUUCUCUCCGAGCUAACACUUUCGUAGGAGCUAGUUCUCUCAAGACCCUGCGUCUCCGUGACAACGCCAUCAGCACUAUCGAGCGCGACGCUUUCGCAGGGAUGCUCCGUAUGGACUCAGUCGAUCUUCAAAACAACGCCCUCACCAGCAUUGAUGAAGGGGAUUUCCUGGGUCUACGCGGAGCCACAACUCUGAACCUGGCGGACAACAAGAUCGCGGCGCUACCGGCGUGGGGGUUCCGAGGGGCGGAGGAUCUGGUCAGCAUCGAUCUAGGGAACAACAAGAUCAGCAGCAUCCAUAUAGACGCCUUUAGGGGACUGCCGGAUCUCAAGACUUUGGACCUGCGCGACAACGCUCUCAACGCGACUUUGGGCGGGAUGGUACCAGGGCUCCAGAGCCUCGACACUCUGAAACUCAGCGGGAAUAAAAUCAACAGUAUCCCGAGAGACGCUUUCCAGGGACUCAACCUCAUCUCCUUAGAUCUUAGUAUGAAUAACAUAAGUAGUGUUCAACCUGGAGCUUUUAACGGCCUGAGAAAUCUGGAAUCUCUGGAUCUGAGUCAGAAUAAGAUCGAGAGUGUACCGGGCAUGAUGUUCCCUCAGCUGCCCAGCCUUCGCACGCUGCGUCUGCAGAACAACCCGUGGAACUGCAACUGCAAGCUGCUGGAACUGGUCCGCUGGAUGCAGGUAACAAGCGUGGAUUUGGGUAACAGAAACGAGAUAGUCUGCUCCCCCGCUGGUCCCUUCACCGGCCUGGCCUUCAUGCCCGUUCCAAACGUAUCCCAGGAACUGGAGAUGUCUUGCGCAGAUCGGACGUCACCGAGACCCCGGCCGGUCCCGCAGUCGCCCACAACUAGAGGCACACGGGGGACGACCGUACGGAUUCCUAUAGCUACCACCACAGAUGAAGACCACACGACCCCGUUGCCGCCUCCCCCGCCCCAGGGGCUGACCAACACCACCGUGAUCGUGAUCUCCGUGGUGGUGUCCCUGGCCGUGGUGACCGUCGCCGCCUGCGUGCUCGGCUUCCUGUGGGCCAAGAAGAAGCGCCGGAUGGCUUUCGAAGUCGGUCGGGGCGGGACUAAUGGUCACGACAACCAUUACAUGGACCUUACAGGUUUCCCAGCCAGCCAGCCCCCACCGGUGCCCAUCCGGUCCCAGUUCCAGAAGUACGAGCUGGACCGGAAAGACCUGGAGUUGAAGGAAGAGAUUGGCAGGGGCGCCUUUGGGGUGGUCCACCUAGCGACGCGCCACAAGAACGACAACGGCUUCCCCACCGAGGAGACAGUGGUGGUCAAAACCGUGCACGCUUACGCCGGGGCACAGGAACGGGUCACCUUCGUCCGUGAGAUCGAGACGACCCUUGACCUUGGGAAACACCCAAACCUGCUAGGAUUGGUGGGCUGCUGCACUACGUCACAUCCGGCCUACAUGGUGACGGAGUACAUGCCGUACGGAGACCUGAAGGAGUUCCUGCUCAAGUGCAGGAAGGCAGACGAGAGGAUGAAGGACAGCACUUAUGACCUCGACGAACUGAACAAGUACCAGAUCGCCAGGCAGAUCGCAAACGGAAUGAUCUUCAUCUCUCAAGCCGGGUACGUGCACGGCGACCUGGCGGCCCGGAAUGUGCUGGUGGGAGAGAACCUGGUGGUGAAGAUCGCAGACUUCGGGCUGGCCACAGACGUCUACGAGCGAGGCUACCAGCGGCAGGACGCGGAGCAGAAGAUCCCCGUGAGGUGGAUGGCGCCGGAAAGGCUGCUGAGGGAGGGCAGGUACACCAGCAAGAGCGACGUUUGGUCGUUCGGCGUGGUUCUUUAUGAGAUCGCGACGCUGGGGAACGUUCCGUACCCAGGACUGGACCGGCAGCUGAUGGAGGAGCUGCGCAGUGGCUACCGGGAACCGCAGCCCGAGAACUGUCCGCAGGAGAUGUACUCCCUGAUGCUUCAGUGCUGGCAGUGGGAGGAAGAUGACCGGCCGGAGUUCCACUGUAGUAGUUACAUGCAGAGUACUAACAGUUGUCACAGUAUUGUCAGGUACUCCCUGAUGCUUCAGUGCUGGCAGUGGGAGGAGGACGACCGCCCGGAGUUCCAGCAGCUUUACACGGAGCUGGACCGGCUGAUGGAGGGCUGCUGUGACGUCACCUAUCUCGAACCAUUCGACGACCCCGCUGGGGCCGAGGCAGCAGGAGCUUCUCCACAAGCAGUUCCCGAAGAAGCCAAUGAGGACUCCUCUGCAGAUCCCAAGACGAAUGACAAGACGCACUCAGGUCACCGCCCAAGGUCAAGGAGUUUGUGGAAGCUGCUGAGAGACUCCAUCUCUAAUAACAGAGCUACGUCUUCAACACCACAGGAAAAACACACACCAGAGAUUCAUUGA